AUGGGUUUAGCUGCUGCCGCAGCUAAUAAUACAUCCAAUUCGUCUAUUACAGAUUUUUAUGCUCUAAAUCGAACAUUACCUCCUCCUCCUCCUCCUCCUCCUCCACCAUCACUACCAUCUUCAACAGGAACAUUACCAUUUAAUAUUAUUAAUCAAUCAUCAAAUAAUAAUUUACAAUUUGUUAGCAAUCCAACAGGUCAUUUUGAUAGUGGAGCAUUUAAAAAAAUCAAGCAUGAAACUCUUUUAUUAAAUAAUCAUUCAUAUAAUCCUCAUUAUCA